AAUCAAACAACAGAUGCAUACUGAAUAUCCAUUAUCCACUUCAUUCUAGAACUGUGAACAGGGAUGGGGGCAAGGUAUUAGACACCUAUGCUCUGUCUUUGCUCUAGGGUUCUUAUAGUUUAAUAAAGAAACCAGGCAAAUGCAUAUAAAACUUAAAGAUGCUACUUAAAAAACCCUUUUCAAUGUAUAUUCCUCAACUUCAAAAUAAGCAUUUUUUUUAUUCUUUCCUCACAAAAAUAUAUGUCUUUUGUUGUUGUUUCAGUUAAACUAAAGUUGUAAUGCUUGGGGCACACAUUACUUUAGAAGGUUGCAAAGGCCCUGAAUUAUUUAUUUCACUAUUUAGAGAAUGCCAAUGUAUUCCCUCUCUCAAGAAGAAAACUAUGGAAGCCAUUUUGAAUUAUUAAAAAAUUUUCCUAGCUUCCCACAGAAGGGUAACAAAUGUCAUGAAUCCGUGUGCUGUUUUCCACUGCACUAAGCCAUCAUCACACACAAUAAUUCUCUUUGCUUUUCUAAAAUACGCACGCGCACAUGCCCAUGCAUUCACAAACACACAUGCUUGUUGCUUUGAAGGGAAGAUCAUUCUCAAUACCUCUCAAACGAGUGAAAAUCUUGUAUAUAUUCUCAUCUGCCCCAGUUUAUGGCCUCACAACAACUCACUCUUCAUCCUAACUAAGCACACCCAGACUACCCUGAUUCCCCUUUGUGGCCAGUGAACUUCUAAACAGAACACUUUAGGGGAAAAUGGAUCUGUCUUCCUUGAUCCCAGGGUAGAACCGAAAUGAGAAUAACAAGACUUCAAGGGCCCAACCUCCUCCACGGCACCUCCGACUUCUCAUUCAAAGGGGUACUUUGGGCGGCAGGUGGAGUUAUAAUUAUAGAGUAGAAAAAAGCUACAUCAGCAGCUGUUGCUUCUGUUUGUUCCCGGCUAUAACUGUCAUCAGUGGGCAAAUUGGCAUAAACAGGCCUCCGCAAGUGGAAAAACAUUUAACUCCUGGACCUGUCACCCUCUGGGUCUUCUCGGUGGCCAGAGAAGGAAAGGAAAUCUGAGUGUGCACGAGCGGAGCGGGAAGCCGAACACAGCACGGACCUGAAGGCUCCUCUUCAGGGGGAGCCUGAAAUUGCAAGAUUUUCUUUCCUGCCGGAGUCUCCGAACCCAAGAAAUAGAAAAGCUAUCCAAGAUGACUGUCACGUACUCCAGUAAAGUAGCAAAUGCGACUUUUUUUGGAUUUCAUAGGUUACUCCUCAAGUGGAGAGGCAGCAUCUACAAACUACUGUACAGGGAAUUUAUUGUCUUUGCUGUUUUUUACACGGCAAUAAGUUUGGUGUACAGAUUGUUACUUACAGGAGCCCAAAAACGUUACUUUGAAAAAUUAUCAAUUUACUGUGACAGAUAUGCUGAACAAAUUCCAGUAACCUUUGUGCUUGGGUUUUAUGUCACUCUGGUAGUGAACCGAUGGUGGAACCAGUUUGUGAAUCUGCCCUGGCCGGACAGGCUGAUGUUCCUCAUCUCCAGCAGUGUUCACGGAAGGGACGAGCACGGGCGCCUGCUCAGAAGGACGCUGAUGCGCUAUGUCAAUCUCACGUCUCUGCUCAUCUUCCGCUCUGUGAGCACGGCUGUGUACAAAAGGUUCCCAACCAUGGACCACGUGGUUGAAGCAGGUUUUAUGACAGCAGAUGAAAGAAAAUUAUUUGACCAUCUCAAAUCUCCUCAUCUGAAAUACUGGGUUCCAUUCAUCUGGUUUGGAAAUCUUGCAGCGAAAGCCCGAAAGGAAGGUAGAAUCAGAGACAGUGUUGAUCUACAAUCAUUGAUGACUGAAAUGAACAAAUACCGCUCUUGGUGCAGCCUCUUAUUUGGCUACGACUGGGUUGGGAUUCCGCUGGUCUACACCCAGGUUGUCACCCUGGCAGUCUACACCUUCUUCUUCGCCUGCCUGAUUGGACGCCAGUUUUUGGAUCCCACCAAAGGCUACGCGGGGCAUGACCUAGACCUUUACAUUCCGAUCUUCACGCUCCUGCAGUUCUUCUUCUACGCGGGAUGGCUCAAGGUAGCUGAGCAGCUUAUCAACCCAUUUGGAGAAGACGAUGAUGAUUUUGAAACCAACUGGUGCAUUGACAGAAACUUGCAGGUCUCUCUUUUAGCUGUGGAUGAGAUGCACAUGAGCUUACCUAAGAUGAAGAAGGACAUUUACUGGGACGAUUCUGCUGCUCGACCGCCCUAUACACUGGCAGCUGCAGACUACUGCAUACCCUCAUUUCUGGGGUCAACUGUCGAAAUGGGACUGUCCGGAUCCGACUUCCCUGGUGAGGACUGGCUGUGGAAUUACGAGAAGCAUGGCCACCGCCAUUCCAUGAUUAGGAGAGUCAAGAGAUUCCUGAGCGCCCACGAGCACCCCUCCAGCCCCCAGAGAAGAAGCUACAGCCGGCAGGCCAGUGACAGCUCCAUGUUCUUUCCCCCAAGCGGUGAUGUCAGCCCAGCCAGGGAUCUGUUGGAUGUGCCCUCCAGAAGCUACCACCGUGUCCCAGGCACCCCGAACCAGACCUGCUCCCCAGAGGGGAGCAUCAAGAUGUACUCCAGCCUGGGGGAGCUGUCCACCAUCAGGGAGACCAGCCGAACGAGCACUUUGCAGAGCCUGAGUCCACAGUCCAGUGUGAGGGUCUCCCCCACCAAAAUGCCGCAGGUGCCUGAGGUACUGAUCACAGUGGCCGAGGCAUCAGUGCCUGCGUCCGAUGGCUCCACAGCCUCUAUCCAGAGUGCAGAGUUUACUGGGGUGGAGCCAAGCGGGACUGGACAGCAGAAAGUCCCCGUGGGAUUGAUUCCUUGCCCCUCAGAGAAAAGGACACCUCCGAGGGACCCCAGUCCCCAGACUAGUUCUGCCAAAGAUGAAAGAAAUGUCCUCACAUUUAUCUCUGGGGAAGACCCUAAUGAUGACAAGUUCCUGAAAAGGUGGAGCCUCCCGGGGUUCCUGGAGUCCAGCUACACCUCCCCAGUGGACCUCCGCCCAGAUCCCAUGAGCCCUGAGCCCAUUCUCUUACCUGACACAGAAACAUCUUCAGAGACCAGUGGAAUCAACAUCGUGGCUGGCUCUCGAGCCUCUCCUGAUAUGCUGUAUUUAAUGGAAAACCUGGACACCAAGGAAACAGAUAUCAUAGAUUUUAACAACGAGCCAGCUGAGGAACCACCCAAAGGAAGACCAGAACCUCUAGGACCGGGUUCUAGCUGAGGUUCUUACUUCCAGCAUUAGUUCCAGAACUUACCUAAGGACUGGUCAACUUUUUUAAAAAGCCUUCAUACUAUAUAAGCUACUUAAAACUAAAGGGCAUUAUGAUCCUAGUUCCUGAGAACUGAGAAAAUCAAAUACAUUCACAUCAUCUGUUACAAGGUGACUUUCACAGAAGUCACACAGACCACAGCGACCUAUCGUAACCAAACAAGGAAUCUUAAUAAUAUAUCUAUGGCUUAUAAUUCAGAGAUUAUGUUACCUUUGGAAAGGAUCUUGUAGCCCAUAGUCCCCCAGUUUUGCCCCCAGACAGACAAAGUUUGCUCUCCUCCCCACUUUUUCUCUUUUCUUCAACUCCUCAGUCAUAAAGAGAGGGAUAAGGGUCACACAAUGCUGCAAAAGCUCCUUCCUAAUACGGACUCGUUGAGGCUUUCUAACCAUCUCACUACCACGUUCUCGAACUACGAUCACUUCUUGAUUCUUAAGCUUCGCAGCAUUACAACCUCCACCUCCUUUCCAUUUCUUUUUCUCUGUUUUCUUUUUAUUCUCUCAUCCUUUUGUCUUUCCCUUCUACUCUGUCCCACCUUUCAGGUUGUACUAUUUUCUGUUGCAAACUCUGCUCCUUACUUUUUGCCAUGGUUUGCAGAUGAUGAGGCCUUGGCAGCACCUCCCACAGGGCAAUCAAAGAUGUCCACAAGUCCAACCUGACUCACUCGAGCCUUCCAGUGGAAGGGGGACGGGGGCUGAUGGCAGCCAUGGCCAUUCUUUCUGUACCCACCCCCUGGUCUUGAACACUGGAGAAAUCGGAAGCCAAGAGGACAAGGAAUCUCAUAAGCAAAUGCUUAUGGAACCAAAGAAUAACAAGGCUUGAGUGUAUUUAACACGAACUCUUAAGCUAAAAUCCCAGUCAUGUCACAACAUGGGACCAGUUACUGCGUCUGCCAGGUUGUUUGGCAUGAGGUAAGAUAUUGGAGCUGGGAGGUUAAGGGGGUCCAGGACGGCACGAUGGGGACAGGACAUUGACCAGUUCCCUCCAAGGAGUUGUUGGGGGCGGCAGUAGGUUGGGGCCUCUGACUUCGUGUGGAGAAGGCCAUGUCUUAGGAGUGCUGCUCUCACUAUCUCUGUCGUAUGGCAAAGCUUGACUACAUAUGACUUAAUAAAUAAAAUAACCCUGAUUGCUACCACUUAUCGAGUACACAUGGGUCCAGGCAGCAGCCUGUAAAGUUCACCGAGAAUCUCACUAAUCCCCACAGGAAUUCUAUGGGUCAGUAUACUAUUCUCUCCAUUUUAAAGAUGAAGAAAACAGAGUCUUUGGAAAAGCAAAAUAGCGUGACUUAUAACACACAGCCAGAAAGGGGUAGAGCUCAGAUUCAAACCCAGGUUUACCUGACUCAAGAGCCCACCCUCUUAACCUGGGCGCGCCCUCACUGUGUCAAGCCAUGUGUGAGGCCCUAAAUCAGCCAGCCGUGCGCCCAUAGUUCUGGAGGAUGCCCCAAGGAAGCCAUGCCCUAACUCCUCUAGCCUUGGCAGGCCCUCUGACUGGGUCCUUCCUGCUUGAGUCUACCUG